UACAAUUACAACAAAGUCAUUGUGAUGGAAUAGCAACCAAAUCAGAGAUUAUACUUCUCAUUUUGUUCAAAGUUCAACAUGAAUGACAAAGUCCAGCAUUCGGACCUGCAGAGCUCAGUGUACAACCAGCUCCGCUUGGCGGGAAAAUUGACUGACGCAGUCAUUGUAGCUGAGGGUGUUGAAUUUCAAGUUCACAAAAUCAUCCUCUGUAACUGCAUCCCAUAUUUCUGUGAUCUCUUCACACAGUGGUGCAGCUUAGACCAAGAGGUUUUUCACAUACCAGGCAUAUCAGCUGAAAUCAUGCAGCUCAUUCUCGAGUACGUGUACACCAACUCUCUCACUGUCACUGAGAGUAAUGCGCAGGAGCUUCUUCUAGCAGCCAAUCAGCUGAAUGCAUCUGAAGUUGUGCAUGCCUGCUGCAUCUUCCUCGAAGGUCUAAUCAGCCCAAACAACUUCAUCGCCAUCUGGAGGUACACGACAACUGUCUGCCCUCUACCUAUGCUGCACUUCAAGAUCUACUGCUACAUCUUACAGCACUUUGAGGAGGUCGCUUUGUCCGAUGAGUUCCUGCAGCUCUCUGCGGAGGAGUUUGCUCAUAUCAUUGAAGCAGACAACUUGAUUGUGAGAAACGAGAGCACGGUGUUUGAGGCCGUUAUGAGGUGGACCUCUCAUGCUCCUGAAGAGCGAGAGACACACUUGGCAACUCUCUUGUCUAAGGUCCGACUGCGUCUGUUGGAUGCAGAUUACUUCAGAGAUCAUUUUUUACCUAAUGUGCUGGUGGAAGGCCAGAGCUACUCUGUCUUUUGUGAUGUUGCCAGAACUAUAACUGAGAUGGUCACAAACAAGCCCCAUUUGGCUGGCAAAAGAAAUACUGUUGGUCGCCCUCGCCUGCCUACCGGCAUCCUGCUAGCCAUCGGUGGCUGGAGUGGUGGCAAUCCAAUCAAUGGUAUUGAGGCAUAUGAUGUCCGUGCUGACUGCUGGAUCAAUAUAACUAACAACACUGAGCGUCCUCGGGCCUACCACGGCACUGCCUUCCUCAACGGCUAUGUCUACUGCAUCGGUGGCUUUGACAGAUUGGAGCAUUUCAGCAAUGUGCGCAGAUUUGACCCCAUCACUGGCAACUGGCACGAGGUGGCUCCCAUGUACUACCAACGAUGCUACGUGAGCGUAACGGUGCUGAAUGGGUGCAUCUAUGCCAUGGGAGGCUAUGAUGGACACAUGCGACUAAGCACAGCAGAGUACUAUAGGCCAGAGAUAAACCAAUGGAGUUUGAUUGCUCCGAUGCAUGAGCAAAGAAGUGAUGCAAGCUGCACCAGCCUCAACAAUAAGAUUUACAUUUGUGGGGGAUUCAAUGGACAUGAUUGUCUGCAGACAGCUGAGUAUUACAGCCCAGAGACCAACCAGUGGACAAUGAUCACCCCCAUGAACAGCCGGCGCAGUGGAAUAGGAGUCAUGGCCUACGCGGGUCAUGUUUAUGCAGUUGGUGGCUUCGAUGGCAACAGCCGUCUGAGCUCUGCUGAGGCCUACAACCCUGACACUAAUCUCUGGACAAAUGUGGCCUCCAUGAUCACCACCCGCAGUAACUUUGGCAUUGAAGUGGUUGAAGAUCGGCUCUUCGUUGUUGGGGGCUUCAACGGCUUCACCACCAGCUAUGCUGUUGAGUGUUACGACGCCACAACAAAUGAGUGGUUCAUGGUUUGUGGCAUUGGGAUCUUCCGCAGUGCUUUGAGCUGCUGUGUGAUAUCUGGAAUACCCAACAUGGCUGACUACGUGGUACCUCGUGACACCCUGCCCCAGCUACCAGCAAUGGAGGAGGAAGAGGAGGAAGAGCAGAAUGAGAUGGAAUCAGGAGACUCCUUAAAUGAGUGAAUUCAGACAUCCUCUCCAGUGCCAUCAUCUAAGAGAGGCACAUCUGUAAGAUUACUUUAUCAAUAUACAAUUGAGAGCAUCAAA